AUGCCACGAGGUAUAGACCUCUCCAAAUUCCGGGGAGACUCGGACUCGGAGGACGAGGCCUUCCCGCCCGUCAAGAAACAGAUCGUCCUCGAUUCAUUCAAACAACAGACAUUCUCACACGGGAUUCAGAAAAAGACCAAGAAGGAGUUGGAAAAAGAGGAAGAGGAGAGGAAGCGCAAGCAGGAGGAAGUAGACGCGGCCAAGGCGUAUAAAGAGUUUGAAGACUUUUUCGCCGGAGACGAUGCGGCCUCGGCACCACGGGGCGGGACUCGAGGUCCGGCUCACGGAGGAGGAAGAGGAGGUGUAGGUGGGGGGUUCGUCAAGGCAGGAGGAGGCUCGGAUGCUCCCGGUCAAGCUUAUGUACCCUCCCGACCGAUCCCUACCGGCCCCUCUUCGUCCUCUUCCCACCCUUACUCUUCCACUCGCCGACCUCGUUCCCCCUCCCCACCCGCGUUGCCGAAACCGAAAGGCAAACGUGCCAUGGAUUCCUUCUUGGAAGAGAUCAAGCGGGAAGAGAGGUACCGAGAGGAAAAGUACGGCCGGGUCGCUCAGGCUGAAGGGUCGAGCGUCUCUGCGAUGGCGGCCAUGGCGGGUCAAAAGACGGGGAUGAGGACCCUGGCGAGCAACUCGGAGACGACCAACCUUUACAUCAGCAACCUCCCUCAGGGGAUCGGGGAGGACUCUCUGGGCAACUUUUUCGCCAAGUACGGUCCUGUGGGGGCGGUCAAGAUCAUGUGGCCGAGAGGGGACGAGGACACGUCGAUAGGCGCCGGGAUCACUUCGAGCCGGAGAUCCAAGGCUGGCCUGAGCGGGUUCGUGGCGUACAUGAGGAGGGAGGAUGCCGAAGUCGCGGUGAGAGAGUUGGACGGGCUGGAUUGGGGUGGGAGUCUGUUGAGGGUCGGGUGGAGCAAGAUGGUCAGAAUCCCGAGUCAUCCUUUAUACGGUAUGUUGGAGGGCGUGGUUGAGCAUAUCCGAAGCGCCCGACCCUACAGCCGAAACGCUCCGCCGCCACCUCGAGGUCGUUCUCGAUCACGCUCCUUUUCGAACGGCUCUUCCUCUUCUUCCCGCUCCCGAUCACGCUCUCCUGCCCGCGGCGCACGCAACAACCGGUCAGACGCAGCCCUCGCCAAGUUUACCCGCAAGAUGGGCGAGGAAAAGGAAAAGUUCGUCCGCGCCGUCGCCGACCGGGUCAGGGCGCAUGGGAAUAGGUUUGAACAGGUCUUGCGGGAUCGGGAGAAGGGCAAUGAGAAGUUUGCGUUCCUGAGGAAUGUCGACUUGCCGGAAUACCAUUUCUAUCGGUAUUGUCUCGAUUCCAGGUACCGACUGCCGACGCCGCCACCGGACGAUUUUGCAGACGAGGGCAAAGCCGACCUGUACUCGAGCGACUCGGCGGAAGACUCCGAACGAGAACGAAUGCACCGUACGAACAAGGGUCGUCUCGGCAAGAUGGCGAGAAGACGUCUGGAAGCGGGUCUACGUGCGAUGACCGGCGAGAGGGAACAGAUCGCUCGGUUGAUGGAGUUUGCGGUGAACCAUGCUGAUGCGGUGGACGACGUGGCCGAUGUCAUCUGCCAGAGCUUGAGAAUCGAGGGCACGGCCGUGCCGAGAAAACUCGCUCGUCUCUACCUCAUCUCGGACAUUCUGCACAACUCGUCGGCCACACUGUCAAAUGUCUGGCGGUACCGGGAUGCUUUCGAGAAGAGACUGCCGGACGUCAUGGAACAUAUGGCAGACGUGCAUCGGAGUCUCGUCACCCAUGCCGGCAAACUGAGUGGGGAGACGUUCAAGAGUCAGGUGGCGUUCGUGAUAGAAAUCUGGGAGAACUGGAUCGUUUUCCGUUCCGACGUGACGGACAAGCUGCGAUCGGUCUUGGGCGGUGCUGCGGCUCGUCCUGCGCCAGCCCAGACCAGCGAUGCUUCGAACCAGAAAUCAUCGGAGACUACUGCGCAGAGCGAUCAAUCCCUGAAUUCUAGCCGAUUCAAGAAGGCAUCAGCCGGCGGUUUCAAGUCGACCUUUGUCUCGUCGACCGCGACCGCGACCCCGGCUCCGGCUCCGACUUCGGACCAGCCCGUGCCGGUCGGCGAUGACGAAGAUCUCGACGGUGAAGCGAUGGACCAAGAUCUCGACGGAGAGGCUAUGGAAGAGGACCUGGACGGCGAAGCUAUGGAUGCUGAUGAGGAUCUGGAUGGAGAGGCCAUGUAG